AUGCAAUUACAAUCGAUCCUUUUCUCCCUACUUGCCCUAGCAAGCUAUACGCAAGCAGCUGAAAAAUCACUCGAUAUCUACAGCAAGUCUGUCAAAACAGGUUCGAUCGUCAGCUUGGGCCAGAUCAAGUAUGACACGGCUACCAAUACGACCAAGUACCUAGCCACAAACGACUUACCCAGCCAUGAUAGCAUAUGCAUAGGUACAAAGCAGCUUCCAAGUAAAGAGUGCUUUACAUAUCUUGAAACUACCGAGACCACACCCAAGGGUAAAUUCGCCUUGUUCUUGAAUGGUGAUAGAGAGCUCACGGAGAUUGCUCUUUAUGCCGGGGAAGAAGAUUGGGACAGUCAAUUGAUUGAGUCAUCAUCCGCUCCUUUGCCUAACUUGAAACCCUUCGUCAGACAGAAGCAAAAGCCGAAGGCAGAGCCAACUGUUGAGAUAGACGGUAAGAAGACUGAAAUUGAAGAAGAAAUCGAAGAAGUGAUUGAGGAGGAUGAAAGACUGUGGUUGCAGAAGAACUGGAUGUGGAUAGUUGUUCCACUCGGUCUCUUCUUGAUCAUGGCCCCUGAGGAAGAGAAGAAGCAAAACUAA